UUCCGGUAGCCCGGGAAGCAGUUUGAAGAUGGCGUCCUCCAAGCAGGACGGACAAGCUGCAGCGUCUAGGAAAAGUGAAUUUCGUAGCCAGAAGCCGAAGCCGCAGAGCCGAGAUGAAUCAGAACUCCUCACUGUUCCUGAUGGUUGGAAGGAGCCAGCUUUUUCCAAAGAGGACAAUCCCAGAGGACUCUUGGAGGAGAGCAGUUUUGCAACUUUGUUUCCAAAAUAUAGAGAGGCUUAUUUGAAAGAGUGCUGGCCAUUGGUACAGAAAGCCUUGAGUGAACAUCAUGUUAAUGCAACCCUGGACCUGAUCGAGGGCAGCAUGACUGUCUGUACAACAAAGAAGACAUUUGAUCCAUAUAUCAUCAUUAGGGCCAGAGACCUAAUAAAACUGUUAGCAAGGAGUGUUUCAUUUGAACAGGCAGUACGAAUUCUUCAGGAUGAUGUUGCAUGUGACAUCAUUAAAAUAGGUUCUUUAGUAAGAAAUAAAGAAAGAUUUGUAAAAAGAAGACAACGGCUUAUUGGUCCCAAAGGAUCUACGUUGAAGGCGUUGGAACUCUUAACAAACUGUUACAUUAUGGUACAGGGAAACACGGUUUCAGCCAUUGGACCUUUUAGUGGCUUAAAAGAGGUUCGAAAAGUAGUCCUAGACACUAUGAAGAAUAUUCAUCCAAUUUAUAACAUUAAAACCUUAAUGAUUAAACGAGAGUUGGCGAAAGAUUCUGAGUUAAGAUCACAGAGUUGGGAAAGAUUUUUGCCACAGUUCAAGCACAAAAAUGUGAAUAAACGCAAGGAACCAAAGAAGAAAACUGUUAAGAAGGAGUAUACACCAUUCCCACCACCACAGCGAGAAAGUCAGAUUGAUAAAGAAUUGGCUACUGGUGAAUACUUUCUGAAGGCAAGUCAAAAGAGGAGACAGAAAAUGGAAGCAAUAAAGGCUAAACAAGCAGAAGCUCUUAGUAGGAGACAAGAGGAAAGAAACAAAGCGUUUAUUCCACCUAAAGAAAAACCAGUUGUGAAACCUAAGGAAGCUUCUACUGAAACUAAAAUUGAUGUGGCAGCCAUCAAGGAAAAGGUUAAGAAAGCGAAGAGUAAGAAACUGGGAGCCCUUACAGCUGAAGAAGUUAAGCUUAAAAUGGAAGCAGAUGAAAAGAAAAAGAAGAAAAAAAAGUAACAUACAUAAAACAAACAAAAA